AUGCUGCAGAAGCUCGGUCCCAACGAAGAUGGAAGAUCGCUCAGCACCGUUGAAGUCGCGGUCGAAAGGACGAUGCUGGGAGUAUUCCGUGUCACGCAAAUGAGGGUGGGAAUCCGAAGCUUCGGACUACGUCGUCGAUCAAAAAAGAAAGAUGCCGCUGUGUACGGCCAAGUUGUCGAAGAUAAAGUGGUCUGGACAAACAGUGCCUAUAAACGACGGCUGAUGACAAGCGGUAUUAACGACAUGGAUGCUCAGCAUGUUAAACGCAUUAUAGGAAGACCACCUGCCCGAUGGAUAGAGUUCCCUAGGAAAAGCUUGGAAGAAAGUCAUGAUGCUCAACUAGACCUUAGAGGAAACAGAACCCACAGGCUAAAAUCAUUGGACGAUCAACCGGACGACAGGACACAGGAGGGUUACGGGUAG